AAUAUUUUGUUUGUGUAGGUAGUAGGUAGGUACUUUAAUUUUACUUUGAAAAAUAAUCUUUGUAGCAUAAAUACUAACGUUAUUGCAGUAAUAAAUUACGCGGAGGACUUAAAUCUAAUAAAUUUGAUAAAAUGAUGAAAACUGCGAUAUCUGUUCUUCAGGAGAUGAUGAUGAAGUUAGGCCAAAUUCCUGAAUAUGAAUAUAAACAGUCUGGUCCACAACACCAAGCGAUGUUUGAGUGCCGCUGCAAGACGGCCGGCGAGUCGGUGACGGCUUUGGCGCGUUCAAAGAAAGAAGCAAAGCAAGAAGCAGCCCGCCGCAUGUUGAACCAGCUGUUCCACGCGCGAGGCAUGUCUGUGCCGCCGCCCUACGCCAGGCCGCCUUCGCCCGCGCCGCCUUCGCCUGAACCGCCUUCUACGGAUAAAGCCUUACCUAGUACGGGCCCCAGCGCGAGCGCGAGCACGGGUGCCGCGCCGGCCAUCGACGUGCGCAGCUACGUGGCGCUGCUGAAGGAGCUGUGCGCGGAGUACAAGCUGGGCGAGGUGCAGUACGAGCUGGUGGGCGACGCGGGCCCGCCGCACCGCCGCCAGUUCACCGUGCGCGCGCGCCUCGCGCAGCACGAGCGCUCCGCCACAUCCACCACCAAGAAGGCGGCAAGGCAGCUCGCGUCCGAAGCGCUGUAUAAGUACUUGAGGGAGAAUCUUGCAAGGCUCACCACUGAUUUUGUUGAGGAGGAGGCGAUGGCGCGCGCGCACGAGAAGGCGAUGGAGCGGUACGUGGAGCAGCGCGGCACGUGGCGCGCGCCGCUCGGCCAGCGCGUGGCGGACUACCACCUGGGUCUGUUGACGUACAUAGAUGCAGAGAAGUUAGAGCUUGAAGAAACGCUUGAAGCCAUUUCAAUCACUGCUGAGGAGGAAGAUCCCGUCAGCGCGCUGUCGAAUGUGGCGGGCGCGCUGGGGCUGCAGGUAGAAAACGAGUGGCUGGAGACCCAGGGCGGCGGUUCGCUGUGCGUGGUGCGGCUGGAGCCCACCGCGCCGCCGCUGGCGCACGCGGCCGCCGGCCCGCACGCGCAGCGCGACGCGCACGCCCGCGCGCUGCGCUACCUGCGCCGCGCGCUCGCCCGCACGCGUCUCGCCACCCACGCGCACACGCUCGCCGAUGGACCGCUGCUCACUGCUUAAUAAGCCUCGAAGGACCAUGCCGCGCGAGCACGCCUAUUAGCUCGGUCACUAUGUAAUAAACCGAGCCGCGCGCUCGCCCUCCCCCACAAAAACUAAUGCCUACUCGAUCGCCGAUAGACAUCCCUAUGUACAUGCACAUCCAUAAGAGACAGAAAGGCAGACCAAGGGCUCCCUGAGCUGAUGAUAUUCUACAAUUGACAGGCAACGACUGGAUGAAGGCAGCUGGAAACAGGAGGAAAUGGGGACAGUUGGAGGAGGCCUAUACCCGAAAGGGGCCAGGACAUUUAACCUAACUGCAUUUUUUAAUAUUUUCAUGUAUUAUGUAUCUUUUGUUGAAAACUGUAUCUAAAUGUCAUGGAUUAUAAAGGCUAAAUAAAUAAAUAAAUAAAUGUACAUGCACCUCAAAUGACCAAACCGUGCGCUCACCCACUCUACACAAAAGUACUAGUUCGGCGAUGGAUCACAGCUCAUUGUUUGAGUAAGCCUCGAAGGACCAAAGCAUGCGCUUGGGUAGACUUUUGCGGCAAUAUUCUCUGAUUGACUUGCCCAUUCAAAGGACUUGGAACCGCUUAGAAAUGCCCGUUGUGUUCCGGCUCGAAGGACCAAGAGAAUUUUAGAAUGUUUUAGGGUAUAGUUUGUGAAUGUAACAAUUUAUAGAUCAAAAUAUAUUGGACAAUGAGAUGGUUUUGUUUUUCUUGCUAUGUAUAAAGUCCUAUUAUUCUGUGUGAGUUUUACGUCAAUUUUUAUUUAAA